AUGAACUUGGCAAAUGUUCCUGAUACGGUCUCGGGCGUGCGUCUUCGCGCGGACCAGGCUCCUUCGAGUACAGUGUUCCGACGCAACCCGCUGGGCUGGCAGGCCACGACACUUCCUAUACCCUUCUCACAUUCCAAUCUUUGCGAAGGUAGCAAUGGACUCUCGCUCGAUCCGGCCGCAAACGACGCGAAUGUCCACAAUUGA